UUCUGGGCGGGUCGUAGUUUAAUUGAUGGGUAAGUCGUGUGCAUACUCAGUGAAGGCGUAACCCGACAUUAACUCAGAAAACUAUCUACUUUCUAAAGAGACUUUUAUUUUCAUUUACUUUGUUUUCAAACAACACUGCACCCAAGUUGAUCUACAGCAAUGGACAAAGACUCUGUGUUGAUUCAUUUCCUGAAGGCAAAGACCAUGUCGACACUUCUUGGUGGAGAGCUGCCAGUCAGUGUGAUAAAUAACAAGAAGUACAUAUCCCCGCUGACUUCUGAGGCACAGGUGACAGACAGAAAUGUGGAAGACACCUCCCUCGAUGGUGCCAUCCACACUGCUCUGUGCGAUGAAGGCAGAAGUGUCAUACUUGUAGGUCCUGAAGGAUCAGGUAAAACCACUGCUCUGGAGAAGCUCGUUGUGGACUGGGCCAAAGGAGAACAUCUGCAAAACUUCUCUUAUGUUUUCCAUUUCCGCUUCAGGGAGUUAAACUCCAUCAAUGACAUGCUCUCUUUGGAGACAUUAAUGCUACACCAUCACGGUCAUAUCCCUCCUGAGUCCAUGCCCCUGCUUCUGCAGAAGCCAGAGGAUGUGUUGUUUGUAUUUGAUGAUCUGGAUCAGUGCAAACAGAGCCUGGACCCCUCCGUCCACACCCUCUGCUCUGACCCCAGCCAGGCGGCCUCGCUGUCGUGUUUAGUGGCGAGCUUGCUUCAUGGAUCAUUGCUGAAAGGAGCUACCUUUGUGGUAGCAACCAGAACAGGAGGAUGUCCAAACGUUGUGAGUGGCACUCAGGUGGAGGUGUUGGGUUUCCUGAAGCCACAAAGAGAGGCCUACAUUAACGGGUUCUUUACUGACCCGGCUGCUGCCACCAAAGCACGAAUGCACAUGGAAAGGACUCUUGGUUUUUAUGAUAUCUGUACCUCCCCAAGGUUUUGUUGGACAGUUUGUUCUGUUUACAAAUCUCUGAUGGAUGCCGGAGCAGAUCUUCCUGAGACGUUAUCUCAGCUGUAUGUAGAUAUCCUGGUUCACCUGAUUCAGACACUCUCGAUGACCAAGGCCUGCAACAGAGAACUAGUGUUGUCCCUUGGCAAGAUGGCGUCUCACUGCUUCCUUGAGCAGCAUUCGAGCUGUACCAAAAGAGAAAUGGACUCCUUUGGUUUUCAACAGUUUCCCACCUCAGUCGGUGCUUUCUUGCAAGUACAUGGCCCAUCCGAUAGAUGCGUCUUCGCCUUCUACUCCCAACUGAUGCAGGAGUUCCUCUUGGCUGUGUCUUUCUUUUUGGACAAGUCGAAGUCUGAGAGUGUGGAGAAGAUGUUGGAAAAGCACAAAGGCCGUGCAAAGUUUCUAGAUGUCUUCAUGUCAGCGCUCUCACAGCCAGUUCAGAGCAGACCACUGGAGAACCUGCUGGGCGAGAUGAACUCUGAUCGAAUCGCAGAUUUCAAAUCCUGGUUUAAAAGCAGCUCAGAGAUGACGCUGAAGGGAUGGUACAAAGAUAAACACCACCACUGUUUCCAUCUGCUUUAUCAAGCUCAAAAUGAGAGUUUGGUGAGAGAGAUCAUCACCCCCUCAGCACGAAUAGGCAUCAGCUAUGGAGACCUGAGCCUCCAGGACUGCGUAGCUCUGAAUUAUGUUGUCACGUGCCUUGGUGAGAUGGAGGAGUUGAAUCUGUACCGUACAACAAAUUUGACAGAGGAGGAAGCAGAGAGGCUCGCUCCAACUAUGAGCCUGUCACAUAAGAUAAAGUUGUCAGACUGCUGCUUGAGCCCCGGGGCUGUCCGUCAUGUGGCUUCAGCUCUGAGCGGAGGACUCACUAAGGAGCUGGAUCUCUCUCAGAGCCGCCUCGGAGAUGAAAAGUUCAAAAUUCUCUGCGCUGGACUCAGAGACUGCAAGCUGCAGAAAUUAAAACUUGUAAUGUGCAAACUGACUGAGGCGAGCUGUGAAGAUCUGGCGUCUGUCCUGACCUCAGACACCUCUCGGCUGUGUGUGUUAGACAUGAGCCUUAACCAGAUCGGGGACGAGGGCUUCACAAACCUGUGCAAAGCACUGCACGGUCAUCACUGCAAACUACAAGACAUCCAGCUACAAAACUGCGGGUUGACUGCAGGAUCAAUGGAGGCUUUAUCAGCAGCUUUGUGUUCGGGCCAAUCAGAGUUGAGAAAAGUGAAUCUGAUGCAAAACAUGACUGGUCUCACCGGAGUGGAGGCUUUGUGCAAGUCUCUGCAACACCCACUUUGUAAAGUGCAGAGCCUCAAUUUCUUUGAUAAUGAGCUGACAGGUGAGUGCUGCCCUCAUUUGAUGGAGGCCUUAAUGUCAGAGCACUGCUCUCUGUCGGAGCUGGAUCUGUCAGUGAAUGAAUUAGGCCAGGAGGGGGCGCUGCUGCUCUGCAAAGCUCUCAGUCGACCUGGGUGUCCCAUGGAAAAACUCAAGUUGACACGGUGUGAGUUAACCCAGCCGGUCUUCAAGGAACUGGGCUCAGUGCUGAGAAGUGGGACUUCCAAACUUAAGUCCCUGAGUGUAGGCAUGAGUAAAGUAGGAGACCAAGGAGUUAAACAUCUCUGGGAUGCUGUUGCUCAUCCAAACUGUGUGCUUGAAGAACUGGAUGUUGAGAUGACCCGUUUGACAGAUGCCAGCACUGAGGACUUGUGUGCUGCUAUAAGAGCCAGUAAGACUUUAAAGAGUCUGGAGCUGAGAAACAACUCGCUGACUAACGCUUCUGUUCCAGCCCUCGUCCAAGUCAUGCAGGACAGCGAAAACAUGCUGGAGAUGAACGUGAAGUACAAUGACUUUGGUGAUGAAGUUUUUGACCUGUUGGACGAGUGUGAAAAAAUAAGAUACUGAGGAAGACACACAGAGGUUCACCUCAGAGCAUCACUCCCACUGCCACAGUUUGCAGGUGUGGUCCCUGAAUUGACUUGUGUCUGGGUCCCCAGGUAAGUUAUACCGGGAAACUCAAGGCACUUAAUAUCCACAGGAAUUUGACUACAUACUCGUGGACAUGGAAACCUGUGGACCUCCCUCCCUGACUCCAAAAUACUCUAAGAGUGGGAGAUGUUUCAAGUGAAUGCCAAAAACAGAGAUACAGUACUGUAUUGUGGCCAUGUCGUUAUCACUUUUUUACCUGUCCAUAUUUUUUUAUGUUUAUCUGUGUAGCUCCUUUUUUUUCCAACUGUAACUGCCUAUAACGUACAUGUAGAUGCCUAUACCAUACAUUGAGAGCAACGUAU